CAACGGCUUCCCUUUCGACUUUGAUACUAAUUCGAGCAAUCAGUCAUGUCGAUACUUAAUUACUGGACCAUUGCAGCGUUGGUGGUGGGCCUUGGGGCCUUUGCACCGCUCGUUAUGGGUAUGUUUGGGCUGGGAGGAAAUAAAUUUUUGGUGAAAGGCAAGACAGUCCUUUUGACCGGUGCCUCGGAAGGAAUGGGAAAGAGUGUUGCAAUUCAAUUGGCGAAAAAGGGAGCAAAUGUGAUAAUUGUUGCGAGAAACGUGGGGAAAUUGGAGAAGGCUAUGGUGGAAAUCAAGGCCGCAGCUCUCUCUCCAUCGACUCAAUCUUUCCACUACAUUUCCGCCGAUGUCUCAAUUCCCACUGAAGCCGCACGUAUACUCGAAGAAGCCACUAAAUUCAAUUCUUCCAAUCCUCCAGACAUUGUCUGGUGUAUCGCAGGCACAUCUACCCCUGGCUUUUUCCUCGAUACUACCCCCCAAAAACUUCGCACACAAAUGGACAUAAACUAUUGGUCUUGUGCAGACAUGGCUCAUUGCGUUUUGAAUUCUUGGCUCUCCACCCCCAACGCCGAAAAGAAAGACCGACAUUUGAUCUUCACCAGUAGUGUUUUAGCUUUCUAUUCCGUCGUGGGUUAUACACCCUAUUCACCGACUAAAGCUGCGAUCAAAAGUCUGAGCGAUACUUUAUAUCAAGAAGUCUUACUAUACCCCAAUCCUCCACAAAUUCACACAAUUUUCCCAGGUACAAUAGCUAGCCCAGGAUUGGAGAUUGAGAAUCAAGGCAAGCCGGAAAUUACACAUUUGUUAGAGGAAACGGAUCCAAUACAAACACCAGAUGAAGUCGCGAGAAAUUCGAUAAGGGGCUUGGAAAGAGGAGAAUAUCUGAUUACGGUGGGUUGGUUAGGAAGUAUGAUGAGGGCUUGCGCAUGGGGAGGUAGUAGGAGAGGAAAUUGGAUGUUGGAUACGUUGGUUACAUGGGGGACGAGCGUGGUUUGGGGAUUUGUCGGGAGGGAUCUGGAUGGAAAAGUCAGAAGUUGGGGGGAGGCGAAAGGAUUUAAGAGGGGUUGAGAGAUUAUGUUGAGGCGGGCUUGCGCAAAAUUUGGCCUUUCGAUAAGUCAAACCAAGAUCCCGGAACAGGGUACAACUUUCGAGAGAGAAGCUGCUAUAUAUAGCGCACCUAUUUCUAGAGGUAUUCAAUCGUAUCUGCGGAGCAUAGUAGACGCACAAACACCUACUUCACGCUGGUUUACCAAAGUACAUAACACUAGCUAGAUCAAUGCCGAAAUAUCAGGAAUUUGCGAUGCUGCUUCUAUCUGCCAAAACUAUCACGACAUUGAAGCUUG